UGGUUCCAGAAUAGCAGGACUUGUCAAAAUGGUAGACGGACAGAGAAGAGCGACGCCUCUCCGGGCGAUGCUGUUGUUUGUAUUUUCGUUGUGCUUUUGCCGUGGAGCUUAUUGUCAAAUACGCUAUUCUAUCGCGGAGGAGUCGAAAGAAGGUACUUAUGUGGGAGACGUAGCAAAGGAUUUGGGGUUCAGUGUGGAUAAACUGGCGGAACGAAGGUUUCGGAUUGUAUCGGGCUCCAAGGAAGGUUUUUUGCAGAUAAACCAAGACAAUGGCGUGUUGUAUGUGAACAGAAACAUUGACAGGGAGGAGCUGUGUGAGAAAAACAGUGUGUGUUUACUCAAUCUAAAAACCAUAGCAGAAAAUCCAAUGGAAAUACAUUAUGUUGAGGUAGAAAUUACAGACAUAAAUGAUCAUUCUCCUAAUUUCCCAGAAAAGGUAAAGCUCUUGGAAAUAGCAGAGAAUCUUGUAUCGCAGGGAACGCGCUUUCCUCUGGACGCUGCGCGUGACCCUGAUGUUGGAGUGAAUAGUCUCCGUAAGUACACUCUCAGUCCUAACGAUCACUUCGACUUAGAUGUUAAAACUCGUGGAGAGGAUAAAAUCCCUUUCUUGAUUUUGAAAAAGCCGCUAGACCGAGAGCAGAAGCUUGAAAUGAUGUUAGUUUUGACUGCGUUUGAUGGAGGUAAGCCAGUGAGAUCUGGCACAGUUAAUAUUACAAUAACUGUUAUUGACGUUAAUGACAAUGCACCAGUCUUUGAACAACAGGUGUAUACGGUAACUUUAGAUGAAAAUGCUCCCUUAGGUACCUCUGUUUUGAGGCUGCACGCCACGGAUCUAGAUGAUGGCGCAAACGGACAGGUUAUAUACACAUUUGAUAACAGUCUUAAAAACAGAGCUUUCGAUUAUUUCGAGAUAGAUGCGGUUACAGGGGAAAUUACAAUCAAGGGGUUAGUAGACUUUGAAGAGCAGAGUGUUUACGAAAUUGACGUGCAGGCAUCUGACAAGGGCCAAGUCACAUUGACAGGUCACUGCAGUGUGGUUAUCAACGUGAAAGAUGUAAAUGACAACGCACCUGAUAUGGACGUUACGUCUCUGUCAGGUCAAGUCCCAGAGGAUGCACGACCCGGUACAGCUGUAGCUCUAAUCAGUGUGUCUGACAUGGACUCUGGUGAAAACGGCUUGGUUAUAUGUACACUCUCGGACAACAUCCCUUUCGAAUUAAAACCGUCUUUUCAGAAAAAUAUGUAUUCUUUGAUUACUAAAAGUGGAUUGGACAGAGAGUCGGAGCCUAUGUACACAGUGACUAUAACUGCUACGGAUAAAGGAGACCCAUCAUUGUCUUCCCACAAAACUGUCACGGUCCAGAUCUCAGACAUCAACGACAACAGUCCGGUCUUUUCCCAGAGUCCAUAUACUUUCUAUGUACCAGAAAACAAUGCUCCAGGCAAGUCGUUGUUUUCAUUGAGUACAUCAGACAGAGAUCAGGAUGACAACGCUCGUGUGUCUUAUCACAUUUGGAAAGGCGAUGGCGACACACCUAUUGUAUCCUACCUAAAUAUUAAUUCUGAUGGUAACAUUUACGCGCUAAAAAGCUUUGACUUUGAAGCUACCAAAACAUUCAAUUUCCAAGUUUUAGCUACAGACUCUGGAACUCCGUCACUAAGCAGUAACGUCACAGUCAACGUGUUCAUUCUGGAUCAGAACGACAACCCUCCAUUGAUCUUGGAUCCAGUCAGCGCUAACGGUUCCGCUGAAGGUGUGGAGGAGAUUCCCCGCAAUGUGAACGCAGGCCAUUUGGUGACUAAAGUGAGAGCCUAUGACGCUGAUAUAGGAUAUAACGGCUGGUUAUUAUUUUCACUGCAGGAAGUUACUGACCACAGUCUCUUUGCUUUGGACCGCUAUACGGGACAGAUAAGGACACUUCGGUCAUUCACAGAGACAGAAGAGGCUGAUCAUAAACUGGUCAUACUUGUAAAAGACAAUGGGAACGUUUCACUGUCAGCAACAGCUACUGUGAUUAUCAACGUUGUGGAGCCCAAAGAGGCGUUUGCUGCUUCUGAUGUUAAAAGUUCAGUAAAAUAUGAAGAGGAGAAUAGCGUUACAUUUUAUUUGAUAAUUACUUUGGGGUCAGUUUCAACACUUUUUCUCAUUAGCUUCAUCGUGUUGAUUGUAAUGCAGUGCUCCAAACCCACAGACUAUUCCUCCAAGUAUUUGCAAGAUGUGAAUAACGACGGGACACUGUGCCACAGCAUUCAGUACAGAUCCGGAGACAAACAGUACAUGUUAGUUGGACCCAGAAUGAGUAUAGGUUCUACUAUAGUUCCGGGUAGCAAUGGAAAUACUAUUGUGUUACCAGAACAUAGGAGGAGAGCUUCUGGAGAGGUAAGAAGUUAA